GACGUGCUCGAGUCUCUCCUGCAUUAUUCUAGUUAAGGCGACGAAUGAUCACGCAUCGCACGCGUGUCUCUUCAACACAUUUAGUGAAUUGGUAUUCAUUAAAUUAGAAAAGCGAUAUAUAUUAUUAUUAGAGUGAUAUAUAUUAUUAAAGUGAUACAUGUUAUUAGAGUGAUAUAUAUUGGAGAGGAGGAAUACAUACAGAUAUAAUUUUUCGAAUCAGAUAAUAUGGAUUUUUUCACCGUUAUUGUUUUUGCUCUACUUAUAUUCUACUAUGGUAUCUAUCUAAUUUUACCCUGCAUUUUUGACUGCGAUUUAUUGCUCAAAUUUAAAGAGAUAUUCGGCAAGCCCGUAUCUUCUUUGAAGGGCAAAGUCGUAUGGAUAACUGGUGCGUCGAGCGGUAUCGGAGAGCAAUUAGCCUACGUGCUAGCUAAAGCUGGCUGUAAAUUAAUUUUGUCCGCUCGGAGAGUUCCUGAAUUGGAACAAGUAAAAAAGAGAUGUUUGCAAGAAAACAAAUACUUGACUGACGACGACGUGGCAGUAUACCCUUUGGAUAUGAUUAAUGUGGACUCGCACAAAGAAGCAUUCCUAUACGUGAUUGACAAAUUUGGAAAAUUGGAUGUACUCGUUAAUAAUGCUGGUCGAAGCCAAAGAGCGCAAUGGAGGGAGAUUGAAAUAGAAGUUGAUAGAGAAAUGUUUGAAUUAAACGUAUUGUCAAUUGUAUGUCUGAGUAGACUAGCUGUUCAAUAUUUUUUACAAACAGGCACUGGACAUAUUGUCAUUAAUUCUAGCGUCGCGGGAUUUGUACCGUUAGCUAUGUCAGCGACUUAUUGUGCUACUAAAUAUGCGUUGCAUGGCUAUUUUGAAUCGUUAAAGCAAGAACACUCUAAUAUCGAUGUGACGAUCGUUUGCCCGGGUCCAGUGCAAACGAACUUUUUGGCCAAAUGUUUCACUGAAAAAUUUGGUGCACAAUACGGAAUAGAUACGAAAAUAGACGAAAAGAAAAUAAGCGCAAAACGUUGCGCAACUUUAAUGGGCGUAGCGAUUGCGAAUAAGCUGGAUUAUGUAUGGAUCGCCAAACCGAACCUGUUGCGAUUGCUCUACAUACUUUAUUGUUUCCCAAAUGUCCUAAAAUGGUUGAGAAAGCAAGUGGACCCAAAAUAUCUAAUGAGGCUACGAGAAGGUAAUAUUGCCGGUCAGAACUAAAAAAGUUUCUCUACAAGUUUCUUUACAAGCAAUGCCAUAUGAGAUUAUAUUUAUUAUACUUUACAAUGUAUUAAUAUGUAUAUUCUCUAGGAUUGUAUUAUAUAUUUCUAUAU